GCGAAGCUUGGAUGGACUUUGUAUAUUAAACACACAACAUUCAUUCAUUAGUGAUUGCUGCUGUUGCUGCACUUAUACACUCUCACCAUCGGGGGGGCACUACUCGCGAUCUGAUAGCCCUGUGAUCUCAACAGUGGCUGGUUGUCUGUGCAAGAUAUCUGCGUCAAUAUAUGGAGCACCGCAGCUCUAGCACAAAUGUCAAGGAACCCCGGAUGAAACCUCCAUGAAGAUUCCUGUCCCUUGCGUCACUCAAUCAUUCACUCACUCACCCACUCACUCACUCACUCUCAGCCUCACAUCCAAAACAAUAAUCUCAGCAUUCACAGGACCUUUCCAACACAGCUCUAGCUAUCUAAAGUGUCUCGCUGAACCCAGCCUCGCCACCAUGGGCAAGCAGAAAAACGGAAAAGGCCAGGACAGCUCGCUGGAGCAUGACCUUAGGAACAUGAUCCUUGGUAACAUCACAAUUGCUGAUUCCUCUACUGCACGGCCGCAACAAUCUCCCCGGCGAGAUAACAGCCACCGUCAUCCACAGAAUGAUGGUCGGAACAGUGGUGGCCCAAACCGUAAUGCACGGCAGCUUUCGUACGGGCAAGGACAGCAGGCGGCCAUGUCUGAGCACACGUAUUACCAGCCCUCUAUGACAUCGCCAAACAGUCGAGCUCUGCCGCAAGACACUGGACGUAACUUUGGGUCGAGUGGGCAGCGAAUCCCAGCACAGAACAGCUUUGCUGGUCACUUUACUCACCAACCGCAGAAUCAGCCUGGUCAAAACAAUGGUCAAAGGACCUUGUAUCAGCCUCCGGCGCAAGUUCCGACACCUCCACCAUAUGAGGUCUGGGCCGCUCAAUGCCUUUUUCUGGAACAGCUAGUGUCCAUACACAUACCAGAGUCUCAGAUGACGGCCGAAGAAAUGGCCACGAAAGAUGCAUUCAGGUCUCGUCUCGAGACGAUUUGUAGGACUGCACUAUCUGAAUAUGAUGGGACCGGUCUACUGAACUUGCAGCUGAAGGCAUUUGGAAGCUUCAGUUCUGGUUUCGCAACAAAGGGUUCCGAUAUGGACUUGUCAAUCGCUUUAUCCACGUCUGGCACUGACACUCACGCCGUCACAGUUGAGCCACCUUUGCUGCGAGCUCUAGAGAAGGCCCUCUUGAACUGCGGCCUCGGUGCACGUCUACUGACACGGACGCGCGUUCCGAUAAUCAAGAUAUGCGAGACGCCCACGGAGGAGCUGUUGUAUGCUCUAGUCGAAGAGCGCCGGAGGUGGGAAGCCCUACCAGAAGACGAGAAGUAUGUCGUAGAUGCUCCAGCACCACAGCAACCAGUAGACCCGAAAAAAUCUGAACCGGCCAAAAGCUCGCGAGAGGGUAACGCAGCCAAAGAGAAUGCCAAUUCGCCAGCAACUCCUGUCAGGAAGCAAGGCCAUCAGCGUCCUGAGUCGACAUCUUCUCCAGUCACAGUGUCAAGUGCAGCCAAGAGACCACAGAACAGAGGUUCAGACAGAGCUUGGCUGAGAGAGAAAAAACGUGGCCCGCUUGACUUCCCGAAGAAUGGCGUUGGUGUUCAGUGUGACAUCAAUUUUUCGAAUGACCUGGCUUUGCAUAACACGCGCCUUUUGCGCUGCUACUGUCUCUGUGAUGUUCGCGUCCAGCCAAUGGUCUUGUUUGUCAAGGCUUGGGCGAAACGUCGGAAGAUUAACAGCUCGUACAGCGGUACGCUCUCAUCGUAUGGGUACGUUUUGAUGGUACUUCAUUUUCUAGCCAAUAUAGCGAGUCCUCCUGUGAUCCCUAAUUUGCAACUGUCGUGGCGCCCACCACAAGAGGGAAGUUGGCGGUCUAGUCCUCCCGACGAGCACUAUAUCAACAACUACGAUGUCCGAUUUUGGAGCAACGAAGAUGAGAUCAAGCAUCUCGCGGAAGAACGUAGGCUUACGACGAAUAAUGAACCAAUCGGGGCGCUCCUGAGGAACUUCUUCCAAUAUUACGCACAUCCAGCAGUCAGUUUUGGUACCGGUCGAGGCUUUCAGUGGACGCAAGAUGUCUUGUCGCUGCGAACUGCUGGUGGUACUAUGAAGAAGGCAGUAAAAGGCUGGACAGGCGCCAAGACAACCACGGUAGGACAUCAGGAAGUGCGCAACAGGUACCUGUUUGCCAUUGAAGAUCCUUUUGAGAUUGAUCACAACGUCGCGCGUACGGUUACACAUCAUGGAAUCAUUGCGAUCAGAGACGAGUUUCGACGAGCGUGGAAAAUCAUUAGCAGUGCCGGGGGAGGUCUGUCACAAUACUAUGGCAAUGAGUCGCUCUUUGCAGAGGUUACGGAAGAUGAUGUGAUUGAAGAGAGCGGCGCUAGAUCGGUAACCGGUGAGCAGAGUAUACGCUCGAAAGAACAUACUCUACCGACUGGAUGAUUAGGCUGGAUUAGCACAGGGCAGAGCAAACACCAAGGACAUCCGACAGUCAGAGUACAAAACGAAGACGGGAACGACGCCCUUAAGAUACAGGCAUGUCGGCGAAAGCGACAAAGAAUCGCCUGUUGAUUGUUCAUCAGUCCCGAGUCUUUCAAGUAUUUCAAGGGGCGCUAUGCCCCGGGUAGAUCAAUGGAAUCCGAUCGGACACUGCGGCUAAUGAAGACUUGAGUGGAGACAUAGCAGUCAAUAUCAGUCUUGCCUAAUAUUACUGUCCCGUUUUCCUAUCUGUGACUACGUGAGAGACUCCAGGCCAUGUCACUAGCGCCUCAGGCAGCUUCAUCCAUCAGAUCCAUUUCCAGCCUAGCGCACUUGUCCCUUGUGAUUCCAUGUAAUUCACACUUCACGUCUACCACACUUUUCUUCUAUUGCAACUCACAAUUCUCUUGCAAAGACACCC